AUGGGCUGUGCUUCAAGUAUUCAUAUCUCUGAUAGGGUGGUCUACCACAGUGGAAAAGAGUCUGAGGAUUCCCACUCGCCCCAGCAGACGAACACCACUCAGCAUCAAGGAAAUCCUGUCUCGGGACUACCCCUCAAACCUCUGAGCUGCAAGACUACAUUAACAGAGGUGCAAUUUGGACCAAUGAAGUUAUUUAAAGACCCACUUCAGGUACUUUUAGUUUUUGCCAAAGAGGACAGUCAGAGUAAUGGCUUCUGCUGGGCUUGUGAGAAGGCCAACUACAGGUGCAGCAUGGCACGCACGCCUGAGUCGGCACUCGAAUGCUUCGCCGAGAAGCUCCACGACCUCGUCAUCAUUGACCACAGACAUUCCAGACACUUUGACGCUGAAGCACUAUGCCGGUCAAUGAGAGCGGUCAGCUCUUCAGAAAACACUGUGAUAGUCGCUGUUGUCAAGAGGCCAGACAGGGAAGAAGCCUCUGUGUUGCCCUUGAUUAACGCCGGCUUUAAUAGGAGAUAUGUGGAGAAUGCCAAUAUGAUGGCCUGCUAUAAUGAGCUGCUGCAGCUGGAGCACGGAGAGGUGCUUGCACAGUUCAAACUGAGGGCUGGAAAUGCUAUUUUCACAGCCCUAGAACAAAGCCAAGAGGCCAUAGAGAUCACGUCUGAAGAUCAAGUAAUUCAGUAUGUAAAUCCUGCCUACGAGUCCAUCAUGGGCUACCAACAAGGUGAGCUCAUAGGAAAGGAAAUAAUAGAAGUGCCUAAAAGUGAGAAGAAUAAGCCUGAUCUCCUUGAAACAAUAAACUCCUGCAUCCGGAAAGGGAAGGAGUGGCAGGGGAUUUAUUAUGCCAAAAAGAAAAAUGGAGACAGCAUCCAGCAAAAUGUGAAGAUCACACCUGUAACUGGACAGGGAGGAAAAAUAAGACACUACGUGUCUAUCAACAGGCCUUUAAAUGAUAAUAAUAAGACUGAUAAAUCAAGUGAACGAGUGCAAGCAGAGUCGCAAACAGACAUCCAAUCCAGUAAGCACAAAGACCGAAGGAAAGGCUCUCUGGAUGUGAGAUCCACAACAUCUCGGGGGAGCGACGGGAGCUCACAGCGAAGGCACUCCUCAAUGGCCAGAAUCCACUCCAUGACGAUAGAGGCUCCCAUCACUAAGGUGAUAAACAUCAUCAACGCAGCACAGGAGAGUAGCCCCAUGCCUGUUGCAGAGGCCUUGGAUCGGGUACUGGAGAUCCUACGGACAACAGAGCUCUACUCCCCACAGCUGGGCACCAAGGAUGAAGACCCCCACACAAAUGACCUUGUUGGAGGACUGAUGACGGACGGUCUACGCAGAUUGUCAGGAAAUGAAUACAUCUUCUCCACAAAACAUCCCCAUCACAUCCCUAGUCACUUGGCCACUCCUCUUUCGUUAAAUGACAUCCCUCCUCGGAUAGCUCAGACCAUGGAGAGUGAGGACUCUUGGGACUUUGACAUUUUCAACUUAGAAGCUGCAACCAUAAAACGGCCUUUGACUUUCUUGGGUCUAAAGAUCUUCUCCCGUUUUGGGGUUUGUGAGUACCUCAACUGCGCCGAGGCCACUUUGCGUUCCUGGCUGCAAGUGGUUGAAGCCAACUACCACUCUAGUAACUCCUACCACAACUCUUCCCACGCGGCCGACGUCCUGCAUGCAACUGCAUAUUUCCUGUGCAAGGAGAGAGUUAAGCAAAGUUUAGAUCCCAUCGACGAAGUUGCCGCAUUGAUAGCCGCCACCGUGCACGAUGUGGACCACCCGGGCCGCACCAACAGCUUCUUGUGCAACGCGGGAAGUGAGCUGGCCAUCCUGUACAACGACACUGCCGUGCUGGAGAGCCACCACGCGGCGCUCGCUUUCCAGAUCACAACCCGGGAUGAUAAGUGCAACAUAUUUAAAAACAUGGAAAGGAAUGAGUAUCGAACACUACGGCAGGCGAUCAUUGACAUGGUGCUCGCCACAGAGAUGACCAAACAUUUUGAACACGUCAACAAAUUUGUCAACAGCAUCAACAAGCCACUGGCUGCUCUGGAGGAGAAUGGGGGAAAUAAUGACGAGGAGUCUGUGAAGAGCAUUUUGACGUCACCUGAGAAUCGCAUCCUUGUCAAGCGAAUGCUUAUUAAAUGUGCCGAUAUCUCCAAUCCGUGCAGGCCUCUGGAGCUAUAUAUAGAAUGGGCCGGACGCAUUUCAGAAGAGUAUUUUGCACAGACGGACGAGGAGAAGAGGCAAGGCCUUCCAGUGGUCAUGCCUGUCUUUGACAGAAACACUUGUAGCAUCCCAAAGUCCCAGAUUUCUUUUAUAGACUACUUCAUCACGGACAUGUUUGAUGCUUGGGACGCUUUUGCAGACCUCCCCAACCUUAUGCAGCACUUGGACAACAACUUCAAGUACUGGAAAGGCCUGGAUGAACGAAAGCUGCACAGCCUGCGACCGCCUCCAGAGUAG